AUGUCAUCAGCUGCAACUGCUUCUAGAAGUUUAGAAAUUAUCAGUAGUCUAAUAUCUCCCUUAUCUGAAAUACACAGUAUUACAGAUGCUGCUAAAGAAUCAGUUUCAGAGUCUAAAGAAGUCAGUAGCACACUAUUCAAUAAUUUACCCCAGCCACUCAGAGCUCUUCACCAAUCACUGACUAUCAUUGAAAAAUGUAUAGACAUGGAAAGUGACAGUAAAACUCUUGUCAAAAAAACUUGUGUUGCAUUUAUUGAAACUUGUGGCAGUGAAGUACAAAAAUUGGUUUCAGAUAUUAAUUCUGUAACAGCUACAGACUAUUUGCAGACUGAAGACAAAAUUUUAACCGAAAUAGAAUCUUUGAAUAAUGAAAUGAGUACUGUUAUUAAGUUAUCGGCAGACACCAUAAAAGCUCGAAAUUUGCUUAGCGAGGCAAGUGAAAUAAAAGUUGAAGAACCUACCCAAGAAAUAAAACAUCUGAGGGAUACGCAAAAAGCGGUGUUUGAAUUAAAAAGUCCUCUUAUGUCUCUUCUUUGCAUAGCUGAAAGUGCUGAUAGUGGUAAAAUUGUAGAUAUUGCUAAAGUUCGUAAUAGCGAAGUGAUACUUAAUGAUAUGUCCGCAUCUAUACAAGAUCUGCAAACUGCUUUGGAACAAAUUGAAACACUAUCAGUUAAAGAAUCAAAUACCGCUUUACAAAAAUACAAUACUGAAAUUAUUGAAACGGUUAUGGAAUCGGUUGUUAAAUUAAGAAGUUCUUUUGAGCAAUUAUCCACAGAACCCGAAGGUGAAGAUAAAAACGUUCUGAAACAAGCAGUAUUAUCAAUAAAAGAGAACCUAAAUAAAAUAUCAUCUCAAAUCCAAGUUAUUGAAAAGAAUGUUGGCGUUUUUGAUAUUUUACAAAGUGAAAACAAAUUGGAUGCAUUACAAAAGAUGGCACAAAUUCUUAUUGCAUUAGAAAACAAUCUACCAAGAUUGGAAUCCAUGCCGGAAGUUAAGAAUCAUCUGACUAUGUUUCAUAAAAACUUAACUAAAGUAUUAGAAAAUGUAAUAGAGAGCAAUGAAUCUAAAAAAUACUUUACUCUUAUGGAAAUUUGCGACGCUGUAAACAGAAUUAAUGCAUCUAUUAAAAAUCUUGAUGUUGAUAACGUUUUGCCUUUAGCUAGCCUUAACAAUACUUUACGAAUAAUCCAAGAUCAGUUCAUCACAAAUGUUUUUGAUUCCGAGCUCAAUUGUGCACUUCUUACGAACAUUUCUGAUACUUUGGUUGGAAUUCAGGAAUGUAUUAAUACAGCCGUAGAAACAAGUGUACAAAUAGAUUCCGAGCAUAUUCAAGAUAUUGCUCCUCAUAUAUACAAUGAAACCAAAGCUAAAGUUGUUAUCGAACAUAUUGAUCAUGCAAUAGCAGCUAUCGAAAAUGUAAAGGCAUUAGAGUCGACUCAAGAAUUAAAAACAAAUGUUGCUCCGACAUUGGAAAACAUUUGUCCUAUUUUAGAAGAGCUCAAGCGGACUGUAGCCUCUAUCAAAGCCAAUGGAGUAGAUGAAGAAUAUAUUUCAGACAUUUCAGAUGCUUCAUCGUUUGUCCAAACCUUUGCUACACCACUUUGUGAAUUAAAUCAAAAUAUUAUUGUUCUAAAUCAACAGAUAAUUGAAAAUAUUGAGAGUAUUAAGCAAAACAGUGAAAUUGUGAGUACAGUAGCUGAACCACUUCACGAAUUGCAUACAACAUUAGAAAUCUUACAGCAGGAUGUAAUAUCCCAAUAUGGUGAAGAUAUUGUACCGUAUGAUGUCAGCGUCAACAUGGCCAGCGCAGUCCAAAAUCUACAAAGUUGUAUUGUGAUGAUACAAGAACAAGCGGGUAUGGAAGCAGCAGAUGAAAUGUCCACUUUGGAAGAUAUAUCAGGAAUAAAGACUACUGCGGAAACUAUAGCAUCUGAUCGUUUGAUUAUACCAGCUACCGAGGAAAUCGCUGUUGAACAGACGAUUCUACCUUUCAACCAAGAAUUGCAAACAACGGCUACAGCUCAAGCUCUACAAUUGUUAAAUGAACAUAUCACUGUUUUACAAAAUCCAGAAAUUAUUGACGCUCUCGAUACUCUAUCUGAAGUUAGUGAUUAUUCUAGCUUAAAAUCAUUCGUUAUAGGUUUAGGUGAACUUCACUCUGGAAUUGAAGAAGUACUACACCCCCUUCUAAUGGAAGGCUCCCAUGAAAUAACUAAUUUAAUUAAUCCUUCAAAACUUAUAGCUAUUGCUGAACCAAUGCAGGAGCUGCAGCAAAGUUUGUCGGUAUUAGACACAAGCAACAUUCCAAUUUAUGAAAAUUUGUUAGAAAUGCCGACGGAAAGAAUACAUUCCGUGAUUCAGAACGUAUCUGAAUUUAAAGAGCAUUUAGAUAAGUGUAUGCUCGCUAUGUUUCCUGCUAUGCAUACUGCGGACAGUACUGUGGAAAUAGCAAAUAAAGUCGGUGCUUUGAGAGAAGUUUGUGAGCAUUUAAAAGACAUUAUUGAAACUACUAAAGCCGAAGAACAGAUUGCUGUCCCAGAAGAAGUUAUAGCAUUGAAACGGACAGUUGAAAGUUUACUAGAUGCCACUGAUGUUUCUAAAGGAAUCAAAAUCGAUCAAGUUAAGUGCAUAACAGAAGAAUUAUACGAAAAAGUGGGAGUAGUCCAAGAAGAACUCAUUCAAUUUACUCCACAAGCCCCAGAAAAGCUGGCACAAGAAGCAAAAUUAAUUCAAACCAUUGAUGAAGUUCAAAGCAAUAUCGCAGUAUUGGAACAGUAUGAUUUCGUAGACCUUUCUCGUGUCUCAGAUUUGACCUGCACCUCUCCACAAAUGGCGGCUGAAAUUGAAUCCGACUCUUUAAUGCUAAUGGAAGAUAUAGUAGAUAGUGCUGUGAACGUCGUGCAAGAUUCAACACAAGAUAUGCCAAUUGCUGACCAGAUGAUUGUAGAAGAUUUCUAUAAAACAUGUAAAAGUGAAUUUACUAUCAUGCGAUGUCUAAUAUCUAAAGCUACAUCUCAUAAAAAGAUAAUUAGAUUGCUGCAACAAUUCAGCUCUUUACAAAGUACAAUUAAUGACUUUAAAGUAAAAAAAUCGGAACUUAACUUGACAGAUGAUGUCAAUGGCUGUUUGGCUACGUUUCUUAUUCAUGCUGAAGAUUAUCUGCAAAAUGUUCGAACUUGUCUCGAAAAAAUUGUUAAAUCUCAAUCAAAACUGUUGAUAGAAGUUCCUUUAUCUAAAUUUGAAAAUUCUGCUCUCAUCCUAGAUGCAAUUAAAGAAACAAAGCACAAUGAGCAAAUUAGUGAAAUAGUAAACAAGUUUGUUGAAAUUUUAGAGAUUGCUAAGCCUUCUUUGCAGUUUGUGCAAACCGACAUUCUUGAAGAAAUUAGAUGUCCUAAAUCCGAUGCAGUUGACGACAACAUUUUACCGAAUAAGAUCGAAGAAUUUGCAACAUACGUUGAAGUGGUAAAAAAUAAUAAUAAAGAUGUCAGUGCCAAAGAGAUACUCGAUAAAAUUUCAACGUGUAUCUCGAAACACAAUGACUAUAAAGAUGCAACUGGCACAGGCAAGGCGUUGAUAAUACUAAAGUGUUUAUCUGACUGUACGGAUAUUAUACAAGAAGGUUUGCUAGAAGUUAAAACACCAAAACACAAAUUAGAGGAAGGUCCUUUAAAAGCAGUUUUGACAGAAAUGUUGGAACCACUUCAAGCACUACAUAAUCAAUUAACAAAUGUUCAAGAACAAGUACUUAAAGGUGUUGACGAAGAUUCGAUAUCGGUCGACAUAACAACAACAGAAUCUCUAGUUCAAACCAUGACAGAGAAACAUAAGGAAAUGAUGGAGCGGAUAGAAACCGAGGAAGCCAUUGCCAAUGAAGAGAUAGCUUUAAUCAUGGAAGUAGAUAAAGAGAUACACUCUAUAAAUGACAGCUUGCGAUCCAUUGAAGGCGUCCAGGUUGCUCAGGUCGUAAAAGAAUUAACAAAGCCAGUAGAAGAUAUUGAAAAGUCAAUGCAUGUUAUUUUGAGUUCAGAAAAAGCAAACGUUUACACUGAAGAUACACUUCCUACAGAAAAAUCUAAACAAUUAAUUCAGCAUAUUGAUCAAUAUAUUGAGUUGAUUGAAAUAGUUGAAGAAAUAUCAGCUAUCAUUAAAAUUGAUGACAUAAAAGAAACCAUUGACAUUGCAAAAGAGCUUCGAGAAAGUAUAGUGGCAACAGAAACAAUUGCAGAAAAUGAUGAAACCCGUUACAAGUUGAUAGAAGUUCGUCACGAACAAAACAAGUUAGCGAAAAAACUGCAAACAGCGUUGUCAGCAUUGCAAGUUCAAGUAUUCGAACGUGCGCAAGAAUUAGCUCCUGACCUAAGUACAGAAGUUUUGCAGCGAAUUGCUCAAGUUGCUGCUCAGUUGCAAGCAGAUUUGGUCGCUGUUACUGGUAUCCGAGUAGCAGUACAAGCACCUUAUGAAUCUGUAGAUGAAAGUGUCAAAACAAUCGAAUCUGUUGAAGGUCACUCAGCCGCUACCACAACAGAAUUAGCAAGGGCAGCUGCAGGAUCCGAGCCUACUGUUAUGGAACAGACUGGAGUAUUUGAUCAAUUAUUAUCGUCAGAGCAGUUAGUUGUAACAACAGAAAUUUUGGCUAAGACAAUCGCUGUAACUAAAGAAAUUACUGCCUCAGAAGAAGUAAAACCUAUAGAGACGGAAAUAGUAACAGAAAACAUUCUGCCUGAAACCGAUCAAGCUCUAGCUAUCGAAGGUAAAGAAGUUGUAGCUGUUGAAGAAACUGAAUCUCUUACAAUAAAAGAAGUUCCCGAAGAAGAUGCAAAGUUAAAUGUGUCUGAAAUAGACCAAGUUCAGGAAGUAAGAAUUACAAAACCGUUGAUAACGGAGUCUGUAAGUGCCGUUGUUAUUGAAGAUCUUGGGCCUGAGUUACAUGUAGUAGACGAUAAAAAGCUGCCUGAAGUUGGACCAAGUCAAACUGCAGAAAUACACGAGGCUCCUAAAGCGUCCAUAGAAAUGUUAGUUCAGCAUAUAGAUCAACUUAUAUCUGAUGAUUUAACUGAAGUGAUAAAUGAGCUAUCAAAUGUAAUUGAGAUUGAAGAAUUGAAACAAUCAAUUCGUAUUGCCAAAGAACUGCGUGAGAACAUCAUUGCUUCUGAAGUUGAAUUAAAAGCAGAAACAAGCGAUGUUUUAAAAGAUGAAGUCAGAACACUGUAUGAAAAUCUAGCUCAAAAAUUGUCUGAAGCUCUAUCGGCACUUGAAAAUACAUCAUUAGAAACUGUAGUUGAAAGCACUUCAAUCAACAAAAAUGACUUACAGCGUGUAACCGCAAUCACUGAAAACAUAAGAGCUGACCUGGUAGCCAUAACUUCCACUCAAGGUAUUCUUGACCAAACUAAAGACGUAAAACCUGAUCAAAUUACUAUGGAUAUCGCCCAAGUUAAGGUUCCUGAGUUUGAUGUCGGUCAGGUAUCUUUUAUUGAAAAAGAAGUUCUAAAUGCACCAAGUGGAAUUGCUGUUGAAGAUAAACCUGCAUCUGUUGAAAUACAGCAACUGAUUCCGGAAACUGAAGUACAAGAAACGAAAAGAGAAGACAACAUUACUGAAGUUGUCGAUACUAAUAGUAAACUCGUUGAAGCACUUGCCAUUACAGAUGGAGAACCUGUAGAAGACGUGAAAACAUGUGGAAUUAAUACCGUUGUGAUAGAACAAGCGACAUUGAAAACUGUGGAAUCUCUCGGAUUAGCGAGCACAGACACGCUCACACACACCAUUGAUCAAUUUUUGUCCGAUGAAAUUACAAAUAUAGUUAAAAAAUUGUCGGAGUCAUCUAACAAUUUAGAACUCUCUCAAUCCUUAAUAUUAGCUAAAGAACUUUUUAAUAACUUAAAUACUAGUCAAGCAACGCCAGGCGACCAUCAAGCUCAAUUAAUUCAAGAUUUAAAUAGUUCCUUACUGACAUUGCAACUAGUAGCACUAGAGAGCGUAGAACAACCAGAUCCAAUUGCAAGCAAAGAAGCGUUAUACAAAAUUCUCGAUGUGGCAGAGUCUUUAGCCACCAAACUCGAUCCUCUAUUAUCUUCAACACAUCAAGAUACUGGUAUAGAGAAUGAAACUAAAUUGCAAGAAUGUGAACUAGAUAAGACUGAAGUGCUAAACAAAGAAGAAAACGCUGAACCUGAUACAUCGCAGAUUUCACUUCAACAAACGAAUGUUGAUACUAAAACAUAUAUUAACAAAGAUACAGACAAUCCUCGUGGAUCGGCGGAACAUAGCAGUGAAAUAGACACCACGUCAACGGCUCGUGGCGAGAUAUUAGAAACAUUACUUAUAGAAUCUGCUAAAACGGUAAUGAUUCCGGUUGUCGGCAAUGUUUUGAGUGAAGAUUUGCCAUCUGUAUUAGAAUUGCUUACUCCGGACGUAUCUGUUGUUAAUCCAGAAUCAGGUGAUAUUCCACUUGGUGGUUUCAUAGAAGUUUCUUCAGAAGAAACCCAAGCAAUGGAAAUUAAAGAAGACACGAUGUUGAACAUUAAAACUGGAAAAACUGCUCUUAUUCAACACAUUAACGAAUUUAUAUCAGAUGAAACAAUAGAUUUAGUAUCUGCAAUCUCAGAGUUGAAAAAUUCUCAAGAAUUAAAAGAGUCGAUUGAACUAGCAAAAUUAUUAAAAGAAAGUGUUGAAAUAAUUGAAGGAGAAUCACUUGAAAACACUAAAGUUAAACAGGUUAAAUUAGCUCAAGAAUUACAAAAUGCUUUGAUGACAUUACACAAUAAGGCUUUGGAAAGUACUGAGGAUAUUAGUUCGAUGAGUAAGCCUAACGCUCUCCAAAAAGUGUCUGAAGUCAUCACACACUUGCAAGAAGAUUUAGAAAAGUCUACUGACAUAUUACCGGAAGUACUCCAGACUGCAGAAAUAGUUGAAAUCCCAGAUGAACAAAAUUCAAUGAAACAGCUUGAAAUACUGCUCCAAGAAGUGACGGAUAAAAUAAAUAUUCCUACAGUUAGAGAAGUUGAAGACACGGAAGCCCUAAGAGACGCACUGGAUGAAGUGCAGACGGUGAUCAUUAAACUAAAAUGUGAUUACGACGGAGCUGCAAACGACACUCUAAAUGAGACACUUGAAGAUUUGGAAUGCAGCGUGAGGAGUGUACAGUUACAAAUUAACGAAGAUAGUCCACCAGAAUUACUUAAAGAUGCGUGCGCGACAUUACAGCUGCUUGUCAACAAUAUGAGUGAAACUCAAGAAGUACAGGCUGCUGAAACUGUAUCCGUGGAGGUAAACAAUGAAAAUAUUCUCGAGAAAUGUUCCAGUGAGUCGAAUGAAACAAUGAAACUCUUAGAAGAAGCUUGUAAAGUUGAUGUUAAAAAUGAAAACUUGGCCGGUAUUGUGUCCAAUCUAAAUAUACUUAAAGACACGAUCAAAACGCUCAAGCUCAGUUUUGGAAGUAAUGCUGAAGUUUUAAUUGAAAAAGGAGUUGAAGUCACACAAACACUUGACCAGUUAGAAGACAAAGUAUUUUUGCUUGAAAAAGAAUUGGCUGAAGUUAAUCUUAGUACAGACAUCCGGGAUCAUAUACUAACAGCAGUUCAUUCUGUUUACGGAAGUAUAUCUAACAUGCGAGGUACAAUUUCAAGCAUACAAAAGAGAUAUAUGUUCGAAAACUAUGGGAAACCGUCAGAAACUUUAUUAAAAUCAAUUAAAAAUAUAUCUGGAAUACUAGACAUUGAAAAAGACGACCAAACUUGUUGGAAAUCAUUUACAAAAUCACUUCGUAAGGUAUUAAAUCAUUUCGAAGAUAUCAAAUUUUACAUCAAUCUAGAUAAAACAGCCAGACUUCCAAGCGAUGCCGCAUUUACUAAAAUCAUAUUAGAAGAGCUCAAAAGUAAUGUAUGUGAAGUACUCGUACCCAAAGCUUCAUUAUUAGAUGAAGAAGCAGUUAAAAAAGUUAAUGAUUUGAUAGAAUAUGUAAACAAAUGUCUUACAGACAUUGAGUCAAAGUCCACGCUAGAAGUUAAGGAAAAAAUCCCGGUAUUCAAAGAAAUCUCAGCUCAAAUACUUAAUGUGACUGAACUAAUAAAAACAAAAAUGACUGAAAAAGUUAAACAAUCAAUAUCCGGAAAACAAAACGAUCAUGAACUACUACAACAGGAAGCUACUUCAUUGGAAAAAGUAUCUCAAAAGCAAGAACUUAAGAUUGUGGCAGCUGAAGGAAAGUCAGAGUCAGGUGUAAAAUUUGACGAUGCUCGUACAUCUCAGGAAACGGAACCAAGAGAAGAGAGCUAUCAAGUACUGGAAACUGUGAGUCAAACGGAUGUCGGAGAAACGAGUACAAAGAAAGCUAAAGUACGCAAAACAGUUAUGAUUCAAGAAGUCGAUAUAAAUGAGAUUCAACAAAUUGCUACCGAGCUAGUUGAUGAAAUAGCCAUCCAGGCUAUAUUAGCUGUACAAAAUUUGGAAGAACUAGGUACGUUAGGCAGAGAAGCAACUGACACUGGAAUGCGAGAUGAUGAGAUUAUUCAAAACGCUGAAAUAAGUGAAAUAGCUGUAGAAGAAAGAAUUGUUUCUGAAGAACCAACUUUAACUAAUGUUGAAGCAGGUGAGAUUGCAACUGAAACAGAUCUUCCAGAAUAUCAGUUAGAAAGAAAAGAAGAACAAAAAAUAGACAUUCUCAACACUACACAAGACAAACAGAUACCAGCACAAUCAUCUGAGAUUGAAGCUGUAGUUUCAACUUCCGACGUAAAGACUGACAUGGAACAGGAACCGCAAACUAUGUCAAAAGAAGAACUAUCUGCAAAUAAAACUCAAAUAGAUAUGGAAGGUGAAAAAGAAACUCGUUUAUCAACACAAGUAGUUCAAGAGAUAAUGGAAAAAGAACAAGAUUUAGCGCAUGAUAUCCAAAAGGAAGAUAACAAAACAUGUUCAGAAGACAUUGACUCGGAAAAGCUUAUGGAAGAAGUACAAAGUCCUUCAAGUAGUUUAACUUCGGGAACUGGACGCUCCAAACUUUCUGCUUCCGAAAAAGAGGAUAGUAAUAAAAAUAAGGGUGAAAUUGAAUUUAGUCAAAUGGAAACAGACGAUCAGAACCAAACAGAGGCAGCAAGGCAAUCUGUGAGUAGUUCCAUAGAAAGUAAAGAUGCAGAUACUACUGAAAAUUUCCAAAAUCAGGUUACAAUCGAAUCUAAGAUUGAAGCAGUGGGAACUGAUCAAGAAACAGAGAGUUUCACUGAAAAGGAACAAGUGACGCGGGAAAUAAAAGAUUUGACAGAAAAAGACCAAGCACAGCUAGAAACAAAACAAGAAAUUCUGCAUCAAGUUGAUAAACAACAAGUCGAGAAAUCCGAGGAAAGAGAAACGUCAACCUCAGCAACCGGUAAAGAUUCAAAAGAAAAACCGGACAUAGAAGCCACCCACUCCGAGAAGUCCCGAGAAGAUGUUGUUUCUUUCGCAGAAAAUGAUGAAAAUCCUUCAUUAAAAAUAGAAACCAAGCAAGUUGAACUCACUGCAAAUGAAACAAAACAAGAUAAACUGGAGGUAAAACCUACAGACCUUGAAAAAAUAGUUGUCCAGCAAGUUGACCAAAUCGAAAAAGAAAGUGCGCAAAUAAUGAAUGAAUCAGAAGAUGGAGAAAUCGAACAAACUAAACGAAAAGAAAAAACUGAAGCUCAUGCAGAAGAAAACCAGAUAGAAAAUGAAGAAACAUUACAGGCUGAAACUAAACAACUAGAAAUGAAGACUGACGAUCUGGUAGGAUCGAAAGCUGAUUUAAAACAAAAGGACUUUGAGUCAGAAAAACAAUUAGAAGCAGAAGUUGUACAAAAACAAGCAGCUGAAAUAGAAACAAAGCCAGAUGAAGAUGAAGAAGGAAGUCCAAAAUUACCACAAAAGGAGAAACCAAUUGAAGAAGGAAAAAUUGAGGAUCCAGACUCAACUAAAGCACAAAAAGUAAAAGAACUAGUAAAGCCUAAAAUUGAAAAAGAAGAAUCAGAAAAAACCGAUCAACAACAAGAGGUAGUGUUUACAAAAUCGACAAAUGAAAAAAUGGAAGAAAAGAAAACAAAAGAUGACGAUCAGCUGUUGGAAACGGAAAAGAAACAAAGAAAGGAAGAAACAAAAACGAGAGAAGAAGCUGAAAAGAUUGAACAGCAAGAAAAAGAAGAAAUUACAACUUUAACUUUAAGAAAUGACGAAUCAAAAGACACCGAGGAAACAGUAGACUUAGAAGCCGAAAAGGAACAGCGAAAAGCAGAUAGUGCUGAUACGAAAUCCAAAGAGGGAGAAAGUAAAGUAAAACUUGAAGAUAAAAAUAAAGAAGAGAAGGAAAAUGAAGAUGCUAAACAGAUAACAGAAUAUGAAGCAGAAAAAUCAAGAAUAGAAAAUGAGAAAAAAGAACUAGAAAGACUUGAGUCAGAUAAAGACGUUGAAAUUAAAACAGAGAAAUCAAAACUUGAAAAUAAAAUGGAACUUGAACAACUAACAGCCAAACAGGCUCAAAGAGACGAAGAAGAUACCGCAAAAUUAGUGAAAGAAAUAACGCAUAAAGACGAAGAAGUGAAAUCGAGAUUUGAAGUUGAUAAAAAGGAAGAAGACGAAAGAAAGACAAAACAAGACGCUAAAAAAAUUAAAGAUGAUGAGGGCGAAUAUUCAAAGCAUGAAGCUGACAAGAAACGAAAAGAAAAAGAAGAAGCAGAUUUAGAUGCUAAAAUGAAACUUAAAGACGAAACAAAUGAAAAGCCAAUAUCUGAAAAGAAACAAACAGAGCAAAAACAAGGAGACAAGAAAGGAAGCAAAGAAGAUGAAGAAAAAGUAAAAGCUGAAGAAAAUAAACGUGAAGAAGAUUCCGCUAAAUUAGUAGAAAAGACGAACAAGGAAAAAUCUGCAUAUCUAGAAGCUGAAACUCAACAAAAAGAAGAAAAAAGGAAAGCAAAAACAGAUGCUCAGACGAAAAGCAAAGAAGAAGAGAAAGCAACCAUAGAAACUAAAAAUAAAAUAUUAAAGGAAGAAGAUAAAGCAAAAAUAGAUAAUGAGGAUAAGCAGAAAAAACAAGAGGAAAAAGCAAAAAUAGAUGUUGAUGAUAAACGUAAAGAGAAAGAAAAGGCCAUAUUAGAAGCGGAUAGGAAACAAAAAGAAGAAGAAAAAGCAAAAAAUGAUGCUGAGAAGAAACAAAGAGAGGAAAAAGAAAAAGCAAAAAUAGAUGCUGAUAAUAAACGCAAAGAGGAAGAAGAAAGGGCAAAAAUAAGAGCUGAGAAAGAACGCAAAGAGGAGGACGAAAAAGCAAAAACAGAUGCGGAGAAGAAACGCAAAGAGAAAGAAGUAAAUGCAAAACUUGAUGUGGAGAAGAAAUGCAAAGAGGAAGAAGAAAAAGCAAGAAUAGAAGCUGAAAAGAAACACAAAGAGGAAGAAGAAAAAGCAAAUAUAGAAGCUGAGAAGAAACGCAAAGAAGAAGAAGAACAAGCAAAACUUGAUGCGGAAAAGAAACGCAAAGAGGAAAAGCAAAAAUCAAAACUUGGUGCCGAGAAGGAAACCAAAGAGGAAGAAGAAAAAGCAGAAACAGAAGCGGAGAAGAAACGCAAAGAGGAAGAAGAAAAAGCGAAAAUAGGUGCGGAGAAGAAACGCAAAGAGGAAGAAGAACGAGCAAAACUUGAUGCGGAGAAGAAACGCAAAGAGGAAGAAGAACAAGCAAAACUUGAUGCGGAGAAGAAACGCAAAGAGGAAGAAGAAAAAGCAAGAAUAGAAGCUGAAAAGAAACACAAAGACGAAAGAGAAAAAGCAAAUAUAGAAGCUGAGAAGAAACGCAAAGAAGAAGAAGAACAAGCAAAACUUGAUGCGGAAAAGAAACGCAAAGAGGAAAAGGAAAAAUCAAAACUUGGUGCCGAGAAGGUAACCAAAGAGGAAGAAGAAAAAGCAGAAACAGAAGCGGAGAAGAAACGCAAAGAGGAAGAAGAAAAAGCAAAACUUGAUGCUGAGAAGAAACGCAAAGAGGAAGAAGAACGAGCAAAACUUGAUGCGGAAGAGAAACGCAAAGAGGAAGAAGAGAAAGCAAAAAUAGAAGCGGAGAAGAAACGCAAAGUGGAAGAAGAAAAAGCAAAACUAGAUGCGGAAGAGAAACGCAAAGAGGAAGAAGAAAAAGCAAAAAUAGGUGCGGAGAAGAAACGCAAAGAGGAAGAAGAACGAGCAAAACUUGAUGCGGAAAAGAAACGCAAAGAGGAAGAAGAAAAAGCAAAACUUGAUGCGGAGAAGAAACGCAAAGAAGAAAAAGCAAAACUAGAUGCGGAAGAGAAACGCAAAGACGAAGAAGAAAAAGCAAAACUUGAUGCUGAGAAGAAACGCAAAGAGGAAGAAGAACGAGCAAAACUUGAUGCGGAAGAGAAACGCAAAGAGGAAGAAGAGAAAGCAAAAAUAGAAGCGGAGAAGAAACGCAAAGAGGAAGAAGAAAAAGCAAAACUAGAUGCGGAAGAGAAACGCAAAAAGGAAGAAGAAAAAGCAAAAAUAGGUGCGGAGAAGAAACGCAAAGAGGAAGAAGAACUAGCAAAACUUGAUGCGGAAAAGAAACGCAAAGAGGAAGAAGAAAAAGCAAAACUUGAUGCGGAGAAGAAACGCAAAGAAGAAAAAGCAAAACUAGAUGCGGAAGAGAAACGCAAAGACGAAGAAGAAAAAGCAAAACUUGAGGCUGAGAAGAAACGCAAAGAGGAAGAAGAACGAGCAAAACUUGAUGCGGAAAAGAAACGCAAAGAGGAAGAAGAAAAAGCAAAAAUAGAUGCGGAGAAUAAACGCAAAGAAGAAGAAGAACAAGCAAAACUUGAUGCGGAGAAGAAACGCAAAGAGGAAGAACAAAAAGCAAAAAAAGAUGCGGAGAAGAAACGCAAAGAGGAAGAAGAAAAAGCAAAACUUGAUGCGGAGAAGAAACGCAAAGAGGAAAAAGAAAAAGCAAAAAUAGAAGCGGAGAAGAAACGCAAAGAGGAAGAAGAAAAAGCAAAAAUAGAUGCGGAGAAUAAACGCAAAGAGGAAGAAGAACAAGCAAAACUUGAUGCGGAGAAGAAACGCAAAGAGGAAGAACAAAAAGCAAAAAUAGAAGCGGAGAAGAAACGCAAAGAGGAAGAAGAAAAAGCAAAACUUGAUGCGGAGAAGAAACGCAAAGAGGAAGAAGAAAAAGCAAAAAUUGAAGCGGAGAAGAAACGCAAAGAGGAAGAAGAAAAAGCAAAAAUAGAAGCGGAGAAGAAACGCAAAGAGGAAGAAGAAAAAGCAAAACUUGAUGCGGAGAAGAAACGCAAAGAGGAAGAACAAAAUGCAGAAACAGAAGCGGAGAAGAAACGCAAAGAGGAAGAAGAAAAAGCAAAACUUGAUGCUGAGAAGAAACGCAAAGAGGAAGAAGAAAAAGCAAAACUUGAUGUGGAAAAGAAACGCAAAGAGGAAGAAGAAAAAGCAAAACUUGUUGCUGAGAAGAAACGCAAAGAGGAAGAAGAAAAAGCUAAACUAGAUGCGGAAAAGAAACGCAAAGAGGAAGAAGAACAAGCAAAACUUGAUGCGGAGAAGAAACGCAAAGAGGAAGAAGAAAAAGCAAAACUUGAUGCGGAGAUGAAACGCAAAGAGAAAGAAGAAAAAGCAAAAAUAGAUGCGGAGAAGAAACGCAAAGAGGAAGAAGAAAAAGCGAAACUUGAUGCGGAGAAGAAACGCAAAGAGGAAGAACAAAAAUCAAAAAUAGAAGCGGAGAAGAAACUCAAACAGGAAGAAGAAAAAGCAAAACUUGAUGCGGAGAAGAAACACAAAGAGGAAGAAGAAAAAACAAAACAUGAUGCGGAGAACAAACGUAAAGAGGAAGAAGAAAAAGCAAAAAUAGCAGCUGAGAAGAAACAGAAAGAAGAACAAGAGAAAUCAAAAUUAGAAGCUGAAACUAAACGUAAAGACCAAGAGAAGAAGCAGAAGAAAGCGGAGAAAAAACGAAAAGAAGAAGAUACCAAAUUGGACAAAGAUAAGAAACUGAAAGAGAACAAAGAACAAGAAGAGCUACUCGAAACCCAAUCUGAAAAACGAGAUAAAGAAAAGAGGGCAGCUGAUAAAAGACUUAAACAGGAAGAGAAGGAAAGGUAUGAGAUGGAGAUGAAAGUUCAAAAAGAAAAGGAAGAAUUAGAACAAAAAAUCAAAGAAGAAGAAAGGAUAAAAGAAAAACAAAUACAGGAAACAAAAGCAAGAGAUGAAAAAUGUAAGCAAGAAAAAGAAGAAAAAAAAGAGAGAGAACAGAAAAGAAUAGAGAAACUAGAAAAAGCAAAAGAGGAACAAAAAAUUCAUGAAGAUGAAGAGAAAGCAAGAUUAGAGAAGAAAAGAAUCGCUAAAAAGAAACGAGAAGAUGAAGACGCACGCCUUAAAUUAGAGGAUGAAAAAAUUGAAAAAUCAAGAAAAGAAGCAGCGAAGAAGAGAAAAGUUGAAGAAAAACUUCGUCUUGCGGAAGAACAAGAACAACUUGAAAAAAGAGAACAGGAAAUGAGAGAGACAGAAAGAAGAAUACGCGAAGAGAGACGACGAGACAUAGAGAAAGAUUUAUUUGAUACCAAACAGAAGCCAUCCACAUCAGGGCUUGAACCUUUAUCAGAAUCGAGACCGAGAAACGGCGAUAUUUUCGUAAAACGCGGAACUGACGAGGAUCAUUACAUAAAAGAAUAUCACUAUGAACCAACAAAGGAAAGAUCUCAAGACCGGUCCAAGUUUGUGGAUCACAACCAUAGGGAUUACACGAUGGAAUUUAUUCGGCCAUCUAGCUACAGAGAAAAAACAUUUGAACACGAAAGGUUCUCAGAAAGAGAAAGUUUGGGUAGAAAUGCUACCAUAUACAAAGCCCAAACUAUAAUUUUGGAUUCACAACUAAGAUCGUCUGUCCCGCCAUUGGCUGAGAGGAGUGAGUCUGAAAGACGGGAUAGGUUUGACAGAGGUGAAUCCGAGAGACGAGUAGACCGUCACAGAUCCAAAGCUCUAAGCGAAGCUAGGAGUUUAAUAUCGGAGAAACGUUCCAGUGUUUCCAGGGAUUUGAAGAGAAAACCAGUAUUUUCGACAUACCUUACUGAUCGAACUGCCGUCGAAGGUUCAAGAGUAAAACUGACAUGCAGUGUUUUGUCCUCAAGUGAUCCUAAAAUCACAUGGUACAGGAAUGGCAUUCUUUUGGACAACAAAUUAAAGUAUAGAACAAAAUUCAUCGAUGGGUUAAUAACCCUAGAAGUUUUAAAUGCCGUUGUCAGUGAUUCUGCUGAAUACAGCUGCACUGUAGAGAAUGAGAAUGGAUCGGUCAAUACUUCCGCUAAUCUGAAAGUGUACCCCAGCUUUGAGGCGUCUCCUAUACCGCCAACAUUUACGAGGUCUAUUCGUGACACAUACCACCUAGCUGAAAACGAAUUAGUAUUGGAAUGUCGAAUUCGCGGUCAACCUCUACCUACAAUCACUUGGCUGAAGGAUGAUAAACCAGUGUCCAAUAACGAGAGAUACCAAGCUUACUACUUAGCUGAUGGAGUCUGCAGAUUGGCCAUCAGCUCACCAACACCAGAAGACAGUGGAAAGUACACCUGCAAAGCUGAGAAUUCAGUUUGGAGCGAUCAAAUAACUCAUGUUGUAAACUUUACCGGAAAGGAAAGCCGUUUGAGUCCAAACAUAGCCACAAUCGAACGCUCUCGCUUCAACCGCCAAGCGAUGGAAUCCCGUCGUCCUCACUUUACCAACGUACUCUCCGACUACAAGGUGGCGAAAGGCGGUACUAUAGGGCUCCAAGUAGAGAUCAGAGGCUGUCCUACCAGGGUAGAAUGGCUUCGAGAAGGUCGUUCUGUCACUGAAGUGUACAGAAAUGCAAGAACAUUUGUUGAACAAGGCUUGUAUACAUUAGCGUUGUCUGAUGUAACGGAAAAGGAAUCGGGAAUGUACACCUGCAGGGCUUGGAGUACUCAUGGCAAUGUGGACAUGAAUGCUGCAAUCACUGUAGUGGCGAAUGAAGUUGAAGGCAAGCCUGCCAUUAUUGCUGGAAGACCAGACAAGGAUAUUCUCAUUUCUGUUGGUGAAGACAUUAACAUUUCCUUCAGAGUCCAGGGCGAACCGAAGCCUAAAGUGGUCUUCAUGAAAGGCAUACGAGACAUCACUACGAGCCAGCGAGUUUGCAAGAUGACCUCAGAUGACUACGUAAAGUUUACGCUGAAGAGAUCUGUGGUGUCGGACGCUGGUACCUACUGCAUACUAGCGAGGAACGCGUAUGGCUGCGACCGGGCUUUUGUUACAGUAGUGGUGAGACAACGAGCCUCUUCGGACAACUUAAUAUCAGACUGGACGUAUCCCAUGGAUGAUUCAGCCGUAUCAGUCGCUGAGAGGAAGUAUAAAUCCGUGCCGGACCGCAUCCCGGGUGAGCCGAGCGUCGUGGACGGAGGCAACAACUGGGUUUCUCUCGCCUGGCCAAAAGCAGACCCUCGCGACACCGCUCCAGUCCUCGCUUACAAAAUAGAGAGCUGGCUUCUGGGAAAGGAGGGCGGCGCUCGCUGGGUUGAACUCGGAAUCACACCUCUAAACUCUUUCGAUGCCUUCAACUUGAAACAAGGAGAGGAAUAUCACUUCCGAGUGACUCCUAGAAACAGAUACGGGUGGGGAGAAGCUGUACAGACAUCCUCUCCGGUCGGCAUCGGCUUGGCUGGUGACAGGCCGGAGUUUGUGGACAUUUUGCCCGGUCAACUGAAGGUGUUAGCUGGCGAGACGGCGAACUUAAGCUGCAGUGUGAAGGGCAAGCCUUUGCCUGAAAUAGUUUGGAUGAAGAAUGGGCACGAGAUCGAGGAAGAGAGCCGGGUGACGACGUUGUACAACGGUCAAGAUUGUUCAUUGACCAUCAAGGAUAUUUGCAUCGAGGAUGAGGCGCGGUACAGCUGCGAGGCAUCCAACGUCCACGGCAGGGCCUCCACAUACGCGAGGCUGGCCGUCGUCACCGACAGACUGAUAUGGGAAGCCGAUGCUAAGCUAAAGAGGGAACGGUCCCAAGAUGCGGAGGGUGACUAUCCACCGCAGUUCACAAUGCGGCUGCGAGACCGACGGGUCCAAGCGACCUACCCAGUCCGGUUGACCUGCCAGGUCGUCGGCAACCCUCCACCGACCCUCACAUGGUUCAAAGAUGGAGAGCUCCUUGUGUUUGACAGUCGGCGCACAAAUUACCAGGACGAGCACUUCCACACAUUGGAGAUAGCCCCCACCACGCUUGAGGAUGGAGGGGUUUACGAAGCCAUGGCAAGGAACAGCUCUGGAGCAGUCAGUUGUCGAUGCAGUCUUGUUGUGGACAAAGGCAUCAGGGCAUACGUUGCUCCCGAGUUCUGCUGCGGUCUCGAACCUUUGUACAGGCUAUCUGAAGGUGAAGAGCUCAGAAUCUCAGCAGUUGUGGAAGCUUACCCAUCAGUUGGAGUGACCUGGUACCGCGAUGGCGUUCGCUUACGACCCAGUCGACGCGCCAUCAUGACGCUAGAUCGAGAUGGCCAAAUAGAACUGGCUUUAGCAGCAGUUACUGGGAGAGAUGCUGGAGUGUACACCUGCACAGCUUCUAAUGAAGUAGGACGAGCGUCCACGUCAGGGAAGGUUGAAGUGAUUGAGGGAGAUCAGCCUAGAGAGAAGCGGACACCACCGGUUGUGAUUAACGCUCCUGAUGAACCGUAUUCGAAGGAGCCAAUGUUCAUUCGAAAGCCGCGGUCUAGUGAGGCCCGGGAAGGAGACACUGUAAUCAUAGCUUGCGAAGUCAUCGGAGACCCCAAGCCUGACGUCUACUGGCUGAGAGACUUCCUGAAGCCGGAUUAUUACCGCGACGCGACCCAUUUCAAGAGAGUCGGCGAUGGUCCAGAGUACCGGUUUGAAAUACCACACGCCAAGCUGGAUUACACCGGAGCCUACUCUGUAGUCGCCAAGAACGUGCAUGGAGAAGCUAAAGCGAUCAUCUCCUUGCAGAUAUUGGCUAAAGAUCCUACGUCUUCCGAUGAUUCCCACAAUGUGAGAUAUGGUCGCGUGGAUGUCAUACCUCGCUUCGAGAGGGAGCUGACAGACUUGCUGUCGUACGAUGGUGAUGCAGUGGAAUUCGAGUGCCAUGUCUCUGGCAACCCCGAACCAGACAUCAGGUGGUUCCAUUACAAUGAGUUGAUUCGUGACUGUCCGGACUUCGAAUCCACAUUUGAGGAUGGUGCAGCUCGGCUGAAGAUCAAGCAAGUUACUGCUGAGGAUGAGGGCACUUACUCCUGCGAGGCUGCCAACAACCUCGGCAAGGCAACGUCCAGCGCUUGCCUCGUCGUUUACCCUCCUGGAGAACCAAACACGCUAAGUCAGAGGCUGCGACGUCCACCAGCAUUGCUGUCUGCUGCCUCCACUCCUCGCUCAACACCACGAAGUACGCCCGCCAGAUCCGUCUCCAGAACACCUGGCCCUGACCCCCGCCGUCUAUGCAGUCCGUCCCGGCAAAUGGCGCCUUCAUUCUACACGUACCCCUUCAACAAAGUGGUUGAAGAAGGAGACCAUGUCACUUUCAAAUGUGCAGUCAAAGGCCAACCAUCCCCUUGGACUACUUGGGACAAAGACGGCAUCAUCAUAACCCCAUCAGCCAGAAUAACUAUGAAGGAAAAGGAUGAUAUGCUAAGAAUCCUUGAGAUUGAACAGGUCUCUAUUGAAGAUGUUGGAAUUUAUAGAAUUACUAUUGAGAAUGAGUUCGGAAGGGCCGAGGCGACUGCGAGGUUGGAGGUUAUAACGCAAAAGGGCAAGUUCUAUGGUGGAGUGCGGGCGUACAGUGCGUCACCAAGGAAGUCCCUCUCGUAUAGGAGGUACCCGUCCGUGCCUAGACAAGACUGAAGACCAAGUUCGGUAUGAUCAUGAAAGGAAACACCGCGUGUGAAGAUAUAUUUAUAAUAAACGUAAUGAUUUGUUUUUUCUUUCUAUUGUAAUUUAUUUUCUAUGCAUUUUACUUAUUACUUUUUUUACUAUUAUGACUUAACUUUGUUUGAACAAAGUUAGAAAUGUUAAGUUUUUUGUUUUUUUUCUGUUUGUUUAUUUAUAAGGUCGGGUUAAAAUAAUGAAAGAAGACGAACACAUUUUAGUGAUCACAUUUUGUAUUUUCAUUCACAUUUAGAUUUUAAAGAGAAAAUUUGUAAAAAAAAGCACUCAUAGUGUAACAAUCAUCUUUAUACAUUAUAACACUAACUAUUUAUAUAAUUAUAGAACACAUAAAUCUACAUUUUCUUUAAAUACUUGCAGAGUUUACGAUUAAAUAUAUUGAAUAAUUAUAUGUCUUUGUUUCAUUGUUAUUUUACAAUUGAUUAUAUACAUAUCUACCUAUUUGUUUCAUUUUAUAUGGAAUAUUUUUU